CGGCUGCUUCGAGGGACUGCGUUUUCAUGGGCCAGCAGCGAGUUUAGGGUUUUCCAGCCAUGAACCGCUUCAAUGGACUCUGCAAGGUGUGCUCGGAGCGGAGAUACAGGCAGAUUACAAUCCCUCGAGGAAGCGAUGGGUUUGGCUUCACAAUCUGCUGCGACUCCCCAGUCCGUGUGCAGGCAGUGGACUCUGGUGGCCCAGCAGAAAAGGCCGGUCUGCAGCAGCUCGACACAGUGCUGCAGCUGAACGAGCAGCCCGUGGAGCACUGGAAGUGUGUGGAGCUGGCCCACGAAAUCCGGAACUGCCCCACUGAGAUCAUCCUGCUGGUGUGGAGGCUCGUCCCGCAGGUCAAGUCAGGACACGAAGGCAUGAUCCGCAGGUCAUCCUGCAAGUCUGCCUAUGACCUCCAGUCACCACCCAACAAGCGGGAAAAGAACAGCACCGUGCCCCCACGGCCCGAGCAGCGCCGGAGCUGCCAUGUACUGUACGAUGGGAGCGAUGGGCUGGUGCUGAACGGCUGGGAGAGGUACACGGAGAUCGGCAAACGGAGCCAGAACACCAUGCCACCCCUGUCCCGGGUCCCCUCUGCUGCGGACCAGAACUACAUCAUCUUAGCCCCUCUGAACCCGGGAAGCCAGCUGCUGAGGCCUGUCUAUCAAGAGAACACCACCACUGUGGGAAAUGCAUGUAAAGGGAAAUCGCACAUGGGCUCUGGGAGAAAAUCCAGGCUGAUGAAGACUGUGCAGACAAUGAAGGGCUGCGGGAACUACCAGAACUGCACCAUCGUGAGGCCACACAUCCCGCACUCCAGCUACGGCACCUACGUCACGCUGGCUCCCAAGGUGCUGGUGUUCCCCGUUUUCGUGCAGCCCCUAGACCUUUGCAACCCAGCCCGAACUCUGCUUCUGUCAGAGGAGCUGCUUCUUCACGAGAGCAGAAGCAGGACUAUCCAGGUGACCCUCUUUGUCUACUCCGACCUGCUGCUCUUCACCAAGGAGGACGAGCCUGGACGCUGCAACGUGCUGAGGAACCCUCUCUACCUACAGAGUGUCAAGCUUCAGGAGGGUUCAGAAGAUCGGAAAUUCUGCAUCCUUUACCUUGCAGAGAAGUCGGAGUGCUUAUUAAGUUUGGAAGCUUACUCCCAGGAGCAGAAGAAGAGGAUCUGCUGGUGUCUGGCUGAGAACAUCACCAAGCAGCAACAUCCGGCACCAGCUCCUUCAGAGAACAAG